AUCAUCAUUAAAAGAAUAUACAAGAUUUGGAGAGAUUAUAAUAUUAUUAAUGUAAUUUAACUUGUUAGUAGAUUAUAAGUACACGUUUAUGUAAAUAUUGAUCGCGAAUGCGCGCAGACUCAGCAAAGUAUAUAAUAUAUAAAUAUACUAGUAUUUCUUUAAUCAUCCUCGAGGUCGUGCUGAAAAUUGCAUUAGUGUAGUUUCAUUAUUUGAUACGAUACUGUACCAGUUAUAAAAUGCACUUGCAACAGCACGGAAAUCAAAAUACUGGUACAUCAGCUCGACAGACAAGUAGAUUGCCAUCAGGAUCGGGUAGCUCUGGUAAACUCAAUGAAACUUUGCAUUACGUUAUGUUUACUCAGAUGUCUGAUAGCAAUCCUGAAAUGAGGGCAACUGCAGCAAGAAUCUGUCGCGAUUAUCUUCAUGGUGUAUGGAAGCAUGUCAACUCUGAUAAUAUAGUAUUAAAACAUAUAAGUGGAGGAUUAAGUAACUGGGUGUACAAUGUACAGUUACCUGAAGGUACAACGCCUCUGCGUGGUGAACCCCGUCAAGUAUUACUAAGAAUAUACGGGCAGACACAUGGUGAACGUGCAAUGGAAAGUAUUAUCACGGAAUCUGUUAUUUUUACCCUACUGUCUGAACGUAAACUUGGCCCGAAACUCCAUGGAGUCUUCCCGGGUGGUAGAAUCGAAGAGUAUAUACCAGCACGUCCCUUGCUGACCAAAGAGCUCGCGGAUCCUGAGCUGAGUGCACUGACUGCUGAAAAAAUGGCACAUCUACAUAUGAUGCAGGUGCCCAUAAACAAGGAGCCCACUUGGUUAUGGGACACUAUGGCCAAGUGGCGCACUAGUGCUGAAGAAGUGCUAAAAAACGUUGACGAGGUUGACACGCACCUGAUGAAACAUAUUGAGGCAGUAAAGUCCAUCAACUUCAGCGCAGAGAUCGCUUGGUUCAGAUCUUUUGUAUCACAACAUAAAUAUCCAAUAGUAUUUUGUCACAAUGACAUGCAGGAGGGUAAUAUAUUGCUGCGUCAAAACAGCCGCAAACGUGAAUUAGUAAUUAUUGAUUUUGAGUAUUGCUCAUACAAUUACCGUGGAUUUGACCUGGCUAAUCACUUUGUCGAGUGGCAGUACGAUUACACAGCUGAGGAGUAUCCAUUCUUCCACGAGAGAACUGGAUCUGGACCAACGGACGAACAAAAGCUCCAUUUUAUAAGAAGUUACUUGAAGACAACUGGCAAAGAAGGCGUUGCUGAAGAAAAUCGUUUGAUGGAAGAAGUCAAAGUAUUUACAUUAGCUAGUCAUCUAUUCUGGGGAUUAUGGAGUGUCGUUAAUGCUGGUCAUUCUAAUAUUCCCUUUGGUUACUGGGACUAUGCAACAUGCAGACUAUCGACCUACCAGCAUUUGAAAGAAAAAAUAAGCCAAUCAUCAAUCAAUGCAAGUCAGCCACAAUGUGGAAUUAAAAGAAAGGAAGAUCACACGGACUGAACAAAUGUCUAAUCUAAGCGCCACAAUGUCUAGGCUCUUAAUAUUUUUGAUAAGAGUCAAGAUCAAUUCGAUUGCUUGGAUCUCCAUAGGAUAAUAAGCAAUCGUUUUAAAAAUGACACGACGAAUGACAUCUUUACUGAGCGUAGACCAUCGUUUUAUAUUUUUUAAAAAAUAUAUGUAUAUUUAUAUAAAUAUAAAUAUAUAUAACAACGAUGUUUAAAGUAUAACAUCAAAAAUAAAAAGCUUAAGUACAAGUUAAUAGUCAACAUCUGCAUAGACAACGAGUUGGUUGAUAGCCUGCGUCGUUGACCGACGGAAUAAUUAUUAACAAUAAUAAUAAUUAUUCUUAUUACGUUUCCUGUUAUCUUGAAACCAUCAAUGGAAUUUGUAUUAAGUAUAAAACAACGGAAUUUGAAUUAAGUUAUGAGUCGAUGACUUACACGGAAAAAUAACAAUUUUUUUUUUUUUUUUUUUUUAAGAUGGAUUUGAGUACGACUGAAUAACAAAUUAUUGUACUUAGUAAAUCCCGAGUGAUUAGUACUUAUAAAGUUAUUGUUUUUUUUUCUUCUCUAAGAAAAUUAAUAGAAGAAAUUGUGCACUUAAAAAUAAUGUAGUGAAUAUAAAAUGAUAUAAAUUUUUAAUCUUUGUAUUUUUUAUCUUUAUUUAAUAUUUAAGUUUAUUGCGAACCGAUUUUUAAAAGUCUGAUAACAAAAAAAAAAUUUUUAGAUGUAAUUAGUUACUUUAUUUAUUAUAAUUAUUAUUUAUUAAAAUAGCGU